GUUUACAGUUAAUUUUUCUUUGAAAUUUUCAAGGCUCCGAGAAGAGGAGCAGGUCUUUCUACUGUAUAUUUGACAUCUUUCUUUAUUGAGAAUUAUUAUUCAUUUCAUCUUUGCUUGAACUGUUUUCUGUUAUUUUCAUAGCAGCUAACAGAGCUCAAUGAAAGUGCAGCCUUUAUGCUCAGCUUCGCAGUGUAUUCCAUGGCUUGUAGUCCUCAUCAUCGAAUGUCUGGCCAUAGUCAUCCUUAAUAUCAUCACCAUUGUUGUCUUUGUAAAGAAGAAGCGUCAGCUACAGCGGCGGAGUACAUAUUUGAUCAUCCAUCUGGCGAUAGUCGAUCUCUUAGUGGGUAUAGUCUCUGGGCCGCUACAGAUUGAACACAUAAUGGGGUGGUCUUGUCCACUGUGGAAUUACAAACAAAGGACUAUUUGGCCUCAUAAUUUAUCUUUUGUAUUUUUACAUUUAUUCUCGUUCGCUUCCCUUACAAAUCUUAUUGCUGUUUCCUUAGAGCGGCUACACGCAACGUUUUGUCCAUUCAAGCAUCGCUUUGUGAGGAAGUGGGUUUAUAGAGCCAUAAUUAUUGCCAUUUGGUUAAUACCUGUUGUUAGAGAAGCAGUUCAAAUUUUCUUAAGGGGAAUUGUUGAUCGAGUGGUAAUUAAUACUUACUUGUAUUGCCUAUUUUAUGCAGUUUCUCUAUUUGUUAUCUGUGUAUCUUACAUCCUCAUUAUUAUCAAAGUACGAUGUAGUCGUCAUCCCCAAUUCCAUUCUAGAUCAAAAAGAGAGAGAAAACUGACGGGUACUGCGCUUAUCGUCUCACUUGUAUCUUUACUUUGUUUUCUACCAGCGAUGAUAUAUGCAGGAUGGGCUGGCAAUUACUCCACUUAUUUCAUAAAUUUUCAUAUUCAUAUGGCUGUGCUAGUUCUAUUUUUAGGUAACUCACUUGUAAAUCCUAUAAUUUACGCUCGUCGGAUGCCAGGAUUCAGAGAAGGUUUAUUACAGCUAGUUUACAGGGUCCCAGACCUUUCUCGUAUCGCCCCAGCAAACCUGCUACUUCGUAACCUUAGGAGAGCGAAGAUUGAUGGUAGAAAAACCAUUGAUGAAGUUUGUUUUUUAAAUAACUUUAACUUCUUAGCCGAGCAACAUUUCAGCAGCAUUUCCAUUUUAUUUGUAGUUUCCAUUAAAAUCCUAACAUGAGUAAAAACUACGCUUGUGGUAUACGAACAAAUGAUUGA